CCUAAAACCCCUUCUCUUUUUUUCCCACCCUAUCUUCUUCCUUUCCUUCUUCUCCUCCCCCCAUUUUCUUUUCCUCUCUGCAAAUUUCUGCAGAGAAGAAAAAUAGGGAUAUAAAGUAACCCUAACUUAAAAAGAUAGUAUCUUUUUAAAUUCAGCAAUGGCUUCUUCUUUUGUUGGGGUUUCUUCCAUACUUUACCAAACACCUUCUAUUCAAAUACCCAGAAAAAACCCAGUUUCUCCUUCAAUUUCUCUCCCAUUUUUAGCCUCAAAGACUAGAAAUUUAAAGUGGGUUUCUUCUGCAAUUGCAACCCCUAACUCUGUGUUGAGUGAGGAAGCUUUUAAAGGACUUACUGGGGAUUUUGCUAAGGGCUCGUUUGGUGUGAGUGAUGAGGAGUUUGAUGAAGGAGAAGAAUUAUUGUUUGAGAGUGAGGAAGAAGGUGAAAUUAAAAUUUCUGGAAUUAGUGAUGAUGAACUUGAUGUUGCAAGAUUGGGACUUCCUCAGAAACUUGUUGAGUCCCUUAGCAAACGUGGCAUUACUCAACUAUUUCCUAUUCAGCGAGCUGUACUGUUACCUGCUGCAGAAGGCAGAGAUAUCAUUGCUCGAGCAAAGACUGGAACAGGAAAAACUCUGGCUUUUGGGAUUCCAAUACUCAAACGCCUUACUGAAGGGAAUGAAGAAAGAGGCCCUCUACGGCGCACUGGACGACUUCCUAGAGUUCUAGUUCUAGCUCCUACCAGAGAGUUGGCAAGACAAGUUGAGAAGGAAAUGAAGGAGUCUGCACCUUACUUGAGCACUGUUUGUGUUUAUGGAGGUGUUUCUUACAGUGCACAACAAAAUGCUCUUUCCCGUGGAGUUGAUGUGGUGGUCGGAACUCCUGGUAGAAUCAUAGAUUUGGUGAACAGUAACAGCCUCAAACUGGGGGAAGUUGAAUUUUUGGUUCUUGAUGAAGCCGACCAAAUGCUUGCGGUUGGGUUUGAGGAAGAUGUGGAAGUAAUAUUGGAAAAGCUUCCAUCUGAAAGGCAAAGCAUGCUUUUUUCAGCAACUAUGCCUGCCUGGGUUAAAAAAUUGGCUAGGAAAUAUUUAAACACUCCCCUAACAAUUGACUUGGUUGGUGACCGAGAGGAGAAGUUGGCAGAAGGGAUUAAACUGCAUGCAAUUUCAACCACUGCAACAUCAAAGCGCACUAUCCUUAGUGAUGUUAUCUCGGUGUAUGCCAGGGGUGGGAAAACCAUUGUGUUUACACAGACCAAAAGGGAUGCCGAUGAAGUUUCUUUAUCAUUAUCUAGUAGUAUCUCUUCGGAGGCAUUGCAUGGUGAUAUAUCUCAGCACCAGCGUGAGAGGACAUUGAAUGGCUUUCGACAAGGAAAAUUCUCUGUGUUGGUUGCCACUGAUGUUGCUGCUCGUGGUCUCGAUAUACCAAAUGUUGACCUGAUUAUUCAUUACGAGCUACCAAAUGAUGCGGAGACUUUUGUGCAUCGUUCUGGUCGUACAGGGAGGGCAGGAAAGGAAGGCACAGCUAUUUUAAUGUACACUAGCAACCAGAGAAGAACAAUUAGAUCUCUUGAAAGAGAUGUAGGUUGCAAGUUUGAGUAUAUAACCGCCCCAUCAGUUGAAGAAGUGUUGGAGUCAUCUGCUGAUCAGGUUGUUGCUACUUUGGGUGGGGUUCAUCCUGAGUCAAUCAAAUUCUUUACUCCAACAGCCCAAAAAUUACUUGAUGAGCAGGGAACCGGAGCUCUUGCUGCAGCAUUAGCCCAUCUGAGUGGCUUUUCCCAACCUCCUUCAUCAAGAUCUCUUCUUAGUCACGAGCAGGGGUGGAUAACAUUGCAAUUGACUCGUACUCCUGGUCUUUCAAGAGGAUUCAUGUCAGCUAGAUCUGUUAUGGGAUUUCUAUCUGAUGUCUAUACGACUGCUGCUGAUGAAGUUGGAAAGAUCCAAUUAAUUGCAGAUGAAAGUGUUCAAGGUGCAGUUUUUGAUCUUCCCGAGGAAAUUGCAAAGGAGUUGCUGACUAAAGAAUUACCUCCAGGCAACUCACUGGCUAAGAUCACUAAGUUGCCUGCAUUGCAAGAUGAUGCGCCUCCCAGUGACAAUUAUGGCAGAUUUUCUGGGAGAGGAGGAGGUCGUGGAGGUCGUGGAGGCCGUGGAGGUUCGAGUGAUAGAAGAGGAUCACGAACUUCCCAAGGCUGGGGCAGGAGUCAGGACUUUGAUUUUGAGGACAAGGACGACAAUAUGUUUAGGCGUGGUGGUCGAAGCUCCUCUAGAUCUAGCAACAGCUGGUCCUCAAGCCCAAGAGGCGGUGGGAAUGAUUCUGGUUCCAGGUGGUCCUCAAACUCGAGAAGCGGUGGGGACGAUUGGCUGAUUGGUGGUUCUGGUAGUCGAUCAAAUAGGUCAUCAUCCUUUGGAAAUAGGGACAGGAGCUUUGGUGGUGCGUGUUUCAACUGUGGGAAAAGUGGACAUAGGGCUUCAGAAUGCCCCAACAAGCAAUCAUACUAGAAACUCCGCUUCCUAACCUACAUCAAAUUUCUAUAAAUUGACAGCCAGGGAUGAAUAUACCUCAUGGCUGCUGCUUUUGUUCAUCUGCUAAAAUCCGGCCAAGGUGUACGCUCUUCAAAGUUAUUAGCCAUUCAAGAUAUGCUGCUGUAAGAGGUUUCUUGGCUUUGAAUGUGAAAUUCUGCUUCGAUUACUGAGAGCUCCACUGGACUUAUUGGCCCUGCGACAAUGCUUUUCACUCAGGGGGGAGUUUCUUGAUCACUAACUCGCGCUUCAGUUUUAGUAUUUAUAUUGGAGGUCCUCAUCUUUGUUUUACAUUUCUAUUUCUAGUGUGUACGCGCCAUAGCUUUUGCUGUAAGGUCAUUGGGAUAUAUCCAUGCAGGAAAUUCUUGGUGUAUAUAUUGUAGUCAGAUACAGAAAAAAGCUCAAGAAGUCUCUUAUGGCUGCUGCUUGAAGCAUGCUAUUUUGGACAUUUUGUUGGUCGGUUGAGCAAAUAUGUGGGUUGUAUGUUUUAACUAAGGGGUCAUUUUUCUUGAACUCAUAUUUUAACAGUUGUUUUUGCAUCUUUUUUAAAUUUUAAGUUGAUA